AUGUUUGGCAUUAGAAAACAACAAACCAGCUCGUCAAUGACAAUCUUCUAUCUAUUUGUACUUCUUCUCAUUCUCAAUCAAUUUCUCUUUGUUCGUUCGUUCCGAUUAAUGAAUGAUGAUUUCAAUCAGAAUGAAGAUGACGAUGUACGCCGUGCUCUUCUUCGACAAUUGGCCUUGGAAAACUUCGUUAGUCCAGUAGAGGAUGCAUUAUACAAUGAAAAAGUCGUUGCAUUACCAGUUGAAUCAACCGUACAACAUUUUAGGUCGAUUUUGUUGUAUGAGUCCACUCAGUGGUCGAAAACGUUCAAUAAGAGAUUUAACCCGACAACAAAUGGCGAAUCAAAAGGCAUAACAACAUUUUGUUAUUCAGUUAGAAAGCAUGCAAUUCUUGCUCAUAUCAUUCUUAUUUAUCGAUGUCAAUAA